UGUGACGAAACACAAUUGUUUGGAUUAUUAUCUGCCCAAUGAUUUUGCUUAUUGAGCAUUAAGUGUUUGAUGAAAGUUGUCCUAAUAUAAGCUGCACCUCUUUCUGCCUACUUUGCUUCAAAACCAAACAAAGUGUGUAGAGUUGAGGAGAAAGCAGACAACAUGAGUAGCAUGCCUGCAAAAUUGUUGGUCACAAUUUUGUACAUCUUCCUGGUGUCUCUUCCUGUGUACAUGUCACCACAUCAUGUUAACACAGACACAAAGAAUCUCAGAAGUAGUAGCAGUGGCCACAGGAGCAAAGGUACUGGUGGUGGUGGUGGCUCAGCCAAAGGUUGCAACCACAGCAACACCACCCCAUGUAAAAAAUCUACUACCAUUCAAGCAGUUCCAGCUUCACCCCCUCUUGUUUUUGCAGACCAAAGACUUCAAGUAGUGUAUCCAGUAAUCCAAAAGUUCAAAUCUUCCAUCACUUCUGAUCCUCUGGGGGUGACCAACACUUGGGUUGGAUCAGACAUAUGCAGCUACAGAGGCUUCUACUGUGACACUCCUCCUGACAACACUUCUGCCACUGCUUUGGCCUCUGUUGACUUCAAUGGUUUUCAGCUUGCUGCUUCCACCCUUGAUGGCUUCAUUGAUAACCUCCCUGAUAUUGCUCUCUUCCAUGCCAAUUCCAACAGUUUUGGUGGCACAAUCUCACCCCAAAUAGCCAAACUCCCUUACCUAUAUGAGCUUGAUGUUAGCAACAAUCAGUUAUCUGGUCCAUUUCCCUCUGCUGUCCUGGGCAUGACUGGUUUAACAUUCUUGGACUUGAGGUUCAACUUUUUCUCUGGGGCAGUGCCACCACAGAUAUUCAUACAGAACCUCCAAGUCCUUUUCAUAAACAACAACAUCUUCACUCAAGGGUUGCCUGAUAACUUAGCCACCACUCAGAUUCUCUUACUCACCUUAGCAAACAACAAGUUCAUGGGUCCAAUCCCAAGAAGUCUUCCCAAGGCUUUGGCCUCUCUAAGUGAAGUGUUACUACUUAACAACCAGUUAACAGGUUGUUUGCCUUAUGAGAUUGGUUUUCUUCAAGAGUCCACAGUGUUUGAUGCUGGGAACAACCAAUUGACAGGCCCUUUGCCUUUAUCUUUGAGCUGUCUGCAGAAGGUGGAGGUGCUCAAUUUGGGUGGUAAUCUUUUGUAUGGCAUGGUGCCAGAAGUGGUGUGUGCAGGGUUGGUGAAUUUGGUCAACUUUUCAUUAUCAGAUAACUAUUUCACACAUGUGGGGCCAUUCUGUAGGAUGCUGAUUCAGAGAGGGGUUCUUGAUGUUAGCAACAAUUGUAUUCCUGAUCUUCCCUUUCAGAGAUCAGUGUUUGAGUGUGCUGAGUUCUUUGCAACACCAAGGAUGUGUCCCUUCAUCUGGCUUUAUAGCCUCAUCCCUUGUAAGCUUCCUUUUCAAAAUCCCAUUCCUUAGAUGCUUAAGGCAUUUGGGUUGCAAUUCUUAUUUUGUAACUCGACUUUGUGAUGCUCAAUCCAUGUUCAAAUAAUUUCUGCAUUUCUGCAUUUGAAGGCUAUCAAUCAAUUUGGUAUCUAAGAUCAGGAUCAACUUGAUUUCUGAUUUUAUUCUUAUACCGUUAGGGAUGAAAUUUGACAGUAGAGACAAUUUCAGAAACUAAGAAAAGGUGCUCCAUCAACAGUAAAAGCAGAGAAUCUAAAUUUCCAUAGAAAGGGGCUUUUUCCAAAGCACAUAUGGUCCUAGAAUUUGUGUUAAUGCAGGGAUAAGCAAUUGUUUGUCAGACAAAGUCACAUUUGUUUUUCUCAGCUACCACACUAUCUUGCUUUUUUCUUCUUUCCAAUUGAUGAUAACAUAAGUAAUGGCCUGGUCCCUCAUGAUGCAUAAAAAGGAGCUCACAUGGCAAGUGAAGUAAAGACAAAUCAGUGAAAUUACAACAUUUCAUGUAUGGUUUCUGAAUAAAUGUUAAUUUAUUGAUACACUGCAUAACUUUUGCAAUCUUGUAUAGCACUGAUUGAUCAGACAGACAUUGAGACAGUUUUCUGUUCAUUUUGACAAAGAAAAAGAAGAGAAAACUAUGGGAAAUUAACUCAACUGCUCCCAUGAUGAGGAAUUGAUAGGUAAUGAAUGUAGUUCAGCCAUGCAUGGCCAUGCGUUCCAGCUCAAAAAGAGACCAACAAUGCAUAAUUUUAUUAUUAACUCUGUGAUAUUCAUCUAAACAGCCUUGUCACUAGGCACUGUUCUUGGAUUUCUAAGGUUUUAAAUGUCAACGGAAACAUGCAAAUAACCCAAGUGGGAUUUCUUGGGAAACCAAAUUAUAUUUAUAUAUAUGA